AUGCUGGGGGAUGAGGGUGGUUCUUUAGGCUCUGCAGAGGCCAGCAGCAACUUCAACGAAUUCUCCUUCUCCAAUGGGGGCCCCCUAACUCAAGACAACGAAGUAGGGGGCCCCCUGAGGGGUACUGCGGGGGUCCGCCUGGGGGGCCCCCCGGGGGGCCCCCCAGGGGGGCCCCCAGGGGCUUCUUCGCAAAGCCAAACCCUUCCCCCCCCAUCUCAGGAUUUGUGGUUUAGACCCAUUGAGGCCAAGGCGCUGGCUGAGGACUUCCUGCACAUUGACCAUGAGAUAGUGCCUUGCCGCGCCUUGGUUGAGCUGCGGGGCCUUUCUUAUCUUUCGCCCACAGCGAGAGAAGAGUACGCGAAGAACCUCCGCCCAGACGUGGUGACCCCAGGGGACACGCUGCAGCUGCUGCUGUUCCAGGCGCGGAGUUUGCUGCAGCAGCAAAAAGUGCAGCUGCUGUUUCCUGCUGCUUUCGGCCCCACAGUAGUUGACGCUCUUCAGAAAGACCCUUUGGGAGUGGACCUCGCCAGCCACUCUCUCUUCUACUUCGAACUCGGAGAAGAACUCUGCAGACUGCUGCCGGAGCACGAGUGGCCGCACCCAAAUCUGCAGGCCAUUCUGCAGCAGGCGAAGCGGCAGCGGCGCGUGGGUUUGGCUGUGGGGGCUUUUAGCAGAGACAGAAAAAUACUAAAGAGACUCACUUUUGAAGAAAGAGACACUGUUAACGCAAUAGAAAACAGCAGACCCUUCAUGGGGCCCUUUGCAUAG